AUGGAGAACCCGGAGCAGGAUAGCCAGGAGCAGGAGAGCCAGGAGCAGCAGAGGACUCACAUAUUGGUGGCAGUGACCAAGUCGAGCAAGAAAGGGUAUCCUAACCCCUCGAAACGUAGCAGAGCAGCCUUGGAAUGGAUUCUUGAGAACAUCGUUCGACAUAACGUUGAUCGUUUCAACCUUCAAAUCCUCCACGUCCAAUACCCAAACGCCAGUGAUGAAGAAUAUGAAGACGGGGUCAACAUGCUGGAAUACUUUGAAUUUGAAUGCCAUAAGAUUGGGGCUGCUUAUGUCGCAUGGAUCGCUCAAGGGCCUGAUCCCAAAAUAGUUAUUUGCAAUGAAGUGGAACGACUCAAUGCCGAUCUCCUCGUCAUGGGAACUGGAAAACUUGGUUCUAUUCGGAGGUUUUUUAAUCGGAUUCGGGGCGAGAGUGCGAGUGCAUUCUGUUUGAAGUAUGCUGAAUGUCCUGUUAUCACUGUUAGUGAAAAGGCAACUAAAAGGCAUAUUGCCCUUCAGGAAUUACGUCAAACUUCCUCAAUGUGA